UCGGAGUUGCAUCAUUUAACCGUGAACCGACUCGCAGUCGAUUAUUUCCUUUUCGCGCCACAUUAACGCAGUGCGAACGUCGGUCACUCUAUAUAAACCGCAGUCGCUACUCCGCUUUCCCAAGUUUUGCCCCCAUUUUGUUACUGCAAUGGCGGAUGGUCAUCUGUUCAACAGUAUCUCUCUCGGUGGCCGUGGAGGAUCCAAUCCAGGGCAACUUAAAGUUCAUUCUGGUGGGAUAGUAUGGAAGAAACAAGGAGGCGGUAAGGCUGUGGAAGUAGACAAAUCUACUUUUCUGGAGCUUACCUGGAUGAAAGUUCCUCGAUCAAAUCAACUUGGAGUUCGGACCAAAGAUGGCCUUAAUUAUAAAUUCACUGGUUUUCGUGAUCAGGAUGUUGCCAGUCUGACUACAUUUUUCCAGUCCAGUCUUGGGACAACUCCACAGGAGAAGCAGCUUUCUGUUAGUGGAAAAAACUGGGGAGAAGUUGAUUUAAAUGAGAAUACACUUACCUUUCUAGUGGGUGCUAAGCAAGCAUUUGAGAUAUCUUUAACGGAUGUUGCACAGACCCAACUUCAAGGAAAAAAUGACGUCUUGUUGGAAUUCCAUGUAGAUGACACAACUGGUGCCAAUGAGAAAGAUUCGUUAAUGGAAAUAAGCUUUCACAUUCCAAAUUCAAACACUCAAUUUGUUGGGGAUGAGAGUAACCCUUCUGCCCAGGUAUUCCGAAACAAGAUUAUAUCAAUGGCAGACGUUGGACCUGGAGGUGAAGACGCUGUUGUUACUUUUGAUGGAAUUGCCAUACUGACUCCUAGGGGACGAUACAACAUUGAACUUCAUCUCUCAUUUUUACGUCUCCAAGGACAAGCUAAUGACUUCAAAAUUCAGUACAGCAGUGUUGUUCGUGUUUUUUGGCUGCCCAAGUCUAACCAACCGCAUACCUUUGUUGUUGUUACUCUUGAUCCACCAAUCAGGAAGGGCCAAACUCUGUAUCCACAUAUUGUGAUGCAGUUUGAGACAGAUGCUGUGAUAGACACCACCUUAUCAAUGGACGAAAAACUUUACAAUGCCAAGUUCAAGGACAAGCUCCAGCCAGAGCAUAAGGGACUUAUCCAUGAGAUCUUCAUUACGAUUCUCCGUGGUCUAUCUGGUGGCAAAGUCACUAAACCAGGAAAGUUCCGUAGUAGUCAGGAUGGUUAUGCUGUGAAGUCAUCACUUAAAGCUGAAGAUGGAGUUCUUUAUCCGCUUGAAAAGAGCUUUUUCUUCUUACCCAAACCACCCACUUUAAUUCUUCACGAGGAGAUCGACUACGUGGAGUUUGAGAGGCAUACUGCUGGAGGUUCAAAUAUGCAUUACUUUGAUCUUCUCAUCAGGCUUAAGACCGAGCAGGAGCACCUUUUCCGAAAUAUCCAGAGAAAUGAGUACCAUAAUCUCUUUACAUUCGUCAAUGAGAAAGGUCUGAAGAUCAUGAAUUUGGGGAGUGCCAAGACUCCGGAACUAGGAGUUGCAGCUGUUCUCCAGAGUGAGAUUGAUGAUGCUGUUGACCCACAUCUUGAGAGAAUCAAGAAUGAAGCUAUUGGAGACGAGAGUGACGAGGAGGAUGAGGAUUUUGUUAUCGAAAAAGAUGAUGGAGGCUCCCCGACUGAUGAUUCUGGGGAAGGAGAAUCUGAUGCCAGUGACAGCGGAGAGGAGAAAGAGGCACCGAUAAAAAAGAAAUCGAAAAUAGAACCUUCUGCUCCUGCUACCAAGGCAUCAUCAUCAUCGAGUAGGAAAAAAACCAAAGAUGCUGACAACGAUGGGUCAAAGAAGAAGAAGCAGAAGAAGAAAAAGGAUCCAAAUGCGCCAAAGAGGGCAAUUAGUGCUUUUAUGUACUUCUCCCAAGUCGAAAGAGAGAAUCUGAAGAAGACCAAUCCAGGAAUAUCAUUUACUGAUAUUGCCAGAGUACUUGGUGAAAGAUGGCAUAAGAUGACAGCGGAUGAGAAGGCACCAUACGAAGCAAAAGCCAAGGUAGACAAGAAACGCUAUGCCGAAGAGAUAAGUGGCUAUAAGAAUCCACAAGCCACCACUAAUCUAGGCUUAGUAGAUCAAUCUGACAGUGCUUAAUUAGCAGAUGGAUGAAAUAUAUUUUCAUCAGUCUCAUUGUGCGUAUAUAUACUACUGCACCUUGUGGUUACGUAUUAUCAUCUAGUUGCUAACUGUUUUCGAAUAACUCUAAACAUGGAACUUGGUCGUUUCUUGUAGCGAAUUCUGCCCGUUUAUUUCUCUGAGUGUUAAUUAUGUUUUUCCAAUAC